AUGGCUGCGGCUUGCUCCCAUCUGGCACGUCUUUCUGGGCUGGUUUCUCCCAAACUAUCCCAGUCUGUCCAUCGUGAAGAAUGUACACAAUGCUUUGACAGUCAGGAUAGCGGUUUGGGCAUUGACGUCUGUCUCUCAUGCUUCAACGGAGGUUGUCUUGAUUCGGGACGCCAUCAUGCACGUACUCAUGCCGAGAAGACGGGUCAUACCUUUGCUCUGAACAUAAAGCGCAGGCCAAAACCUAUAAGUCCCCAACGGGUGGGAAAUGAAGAGCCCCCAGCAAAGAUGACGAAGCUCGCAAUCGUAGAACAGCGUGAAGAAGAUAAAUUCGAUCACUUCACUACGCUGAAGUGCUGGAGUUGCGAAAGCGAGUCGGGCCGUGAAUUACCUCAGCUUGCUGAAGAGCCGAAAGUGAAGGAAUUAGUACGCGACAUUAUGACUUCAAUGUCUUCUGCUCGUCAGUCGGAGGUUCAGGCUUGGGAAGAAGAGAUUGUAGCAUGUGAGCACACAUUGAUGCUCGAACAGGCAGCAACAGGACCUAUACCAGAGUCCGGUCUCGCACAUUGCCAAAAAUGUCACCUGAAAGAAAAUCUAUGGCUUUGUCUUAUCUGUGGGUCCCUUGGGUGUGGCAGGCAACAGUAUGGCGGUUUAGGGGGAAAUGGGCAUGGACUAGCUCACUACCAAGAAACUCGCCAUCCAGUAAGCGUUAAGCUCGGCACAAUCACUCCAGAAGGAAGUGCAGAUAUUUACUGUUACGAGUGUAACGAUGCACGAUUAGACCUGGAUCUUGCCGCUCACUUGCAUACAUUUGGCAUCAAUGUAAGCACACAAACAAAAACGGAAAAGUCUAUGACCGAAUUGCAAAUUGAGCACAAUCUCAAAUUCGACUUCAGUCUGACAGACGAAUCUGGAAAAGCACUUGACCCCGUAUUCGGGCCGGGAUUGACUGGACUCAAGAAUCUUGGUAACAGCUGUUACAUGGCUUCUGUAAUCCAGUCCCUCUUCUCACUUCCAGCUUUUCAAACUCGAUAUCUUCCCUCUGCACCUUCGCACUGGCAAACAUGCUCAGAACUCCUUCCCGCAACGUGCUUGGAAUGUCAAAUGCACAAACUUGCCGACGGAUUGCUAUCGGGUCGUUAUUCUAAACCACAAACAAAGCCAUCGGAUAAUCCAUUCGCACACGAUUCGCCAGCUCCAAUCUUCCAGGAGGGUAUAAGUCCUGCCACAUUCAAGGCGCUCAUUGGAAAGGGUCAUGUUGAGUUUGCAACGAUGCGGCAACAGGAUGCCGAGGAGUUCUUUACGCAUUUGCUCACAGUCCUUCGUCAGAAUGCAAAGAAGCGUGGGGCCAAACAAGAGGACGAGCCAACUGAGGCGUUCAGAUUUGGUAUGGAACAGCGAUUGCAGUGCAGUGAAUGUAUGCGAGUAAGGUACCGAGUAGACAGCCAUGACACGCUGAGCGUACCGGUGCCUGCACGCGAGAAGGGAAAGGAUACGGAAGGAAAGGCAGUUUACGAAGAUGUACAGAUAGCAGAAUCGUUGGAGGCAUUGACUGCGGAUGAAGCCUUGGAGUAUCAGUGUCCAGGCUGCAACAAGAAGGUUCUUGCAAUGAGGAGGUCUCGCUUUUCAACUUUUCCCAAGGUACUCGCCGUCCAUGCGAAGAAAUUCCAGAUUGUCAACUGGGUUCCAGCAAAACUUGAUAUCCCACUCAUUUUACCGGCUGAUGACGAGCUGCUCUUGGACUCCUACUUAAGUCAAGGGCUACAGCGAGGGGAGACAGAGCUCCCAGAGGAAUCAACUGGUACGGCAGCCAUUCGCCCCAGCUUCAACGAGGCAGCUCUCGCUCAGUUAGAGGGCAUGGGCUUCCCACAGAUACGCUGCAAAAAGGCGCUCCUUGCAACAGGAAAUGGUGACGCAGAGGCGGCCAUGGAAUGGUUAUUUGCUCACAUGGAGGAUCCUGAUAUUGAUGAUCCACUGCCGACUGCGGGAGGCGCAGCUCCAAGCGUACCUGAACCGUCUUCGGAACAAAUUGGCAUGCUCGUUGAUAUGGGCUUCACACCUGGGCAGGCUAGUAAAGCGCUUCGUGAGACUGGCGGAAACUCUGAGCGCGCUGUCGAUUGGCUUUUCAGUCACCCCGACGACAUGGGUGAGGACUUGAGUGCACCAGCUCCCACAACUAGCGAACCAAAACACCCUGGUGGCUCUGCGACGCUUCCGGCAAGGUACCGUCUCAAGGCCUUCAUCUCGCAUAAAGGUCCCUCCGUGCAUUCAGGGCACUACGUUGCGCAUAUUAAAACAGAGAAGGAAGGCUGGGUGCUGUUCAAUGACGAGAAGGUUGUUCGCGCAGAUGACGAGAGCGUAAGAGAGCUGAAGAAGCUUGCGUAUUUAUACGUAUUUGAGCAGGUUUGA